CCUGGAGUGACAAUCCCUAUAGAAUCGAUGACAGAAUACAGGCUUGUGGUUGUGGGUACUGGAGGCGUGGGAAAGAGUGCCCUGACCACCCAGCUGAUCCAGAACUAUUUUGUGGAUGAGUAUGUUCCCACCAUAGAGGACUUCUAUCGGAAACAGGUGGUCAUUGAUGGGGAGACAUGUCUGCUGGACAUCUUAGACACAGCAGGUUGGGAGGAAUGUGCUACUCUGCGGGACCAAUGCAUGCACACAGGGGAGGGUUUCCUCUGUGUGUUUGCCAUCAACAACGCCAAGUCCUUUGAAGACAUCCAUCAGUACAGAGAGCAGAUCAAGCGAAUAAAGGACUCAGAUGAUGUGCCAAUGGUGCUGGUGGGGAACAAGUGUGACCUGGCUGCUCGUACUAUUGAGUCUCAGCAGGCCCAGGACCUUGCCCACAGCUAUGGCAUCCCCUACAUUGAAACAUCAGCCAAGACCCGGCAGGGUGUGGAGGAGGCCUUCUUCACACUUGUCCGUGAGAUUCGGCAGCACAAACUGCAGAAGCUGAACCCUCCCGAUGAGAGUGAUCCUGACUGCACUAACUGCAAGUGUGUGCUAUCCUGACUCCAGCUGAUGGUCGUCCUGCUCUUCCUGGCUCCACCUGCGCCUCAGAGGGACACACACCAACCUCAGAGGGUGACCUGGGCAAUGAUCAAUACUGGCAAUGGACCUGGUCAGAGGAUCCUGGGACAUUGGGGAUUGGACUCCCCUUUCAUAAAGGACUUCAGUUCUCCCAAGUCCUCUAAGCCUGGCACCCAGUGUGAGGACACAGUGGGCUCCAUGGAUGGCCUUCUCUCCCCAGAGCUCUCAUCCCCAUACCCACUGCUGCCCCCAUGUCUUUCAGCCUCCCGCUCUUCCCUGCAGCAGCCUCUGACACCUGCCCCAGGAGAGCUCUACCGCCUGCCUCCAGCAACUGCUACCAC